GCCCGCUGCCUUCCGCUUCCCCUAGCAGCAGGAAGAGGCGCGCGGGGGCGCAGGGCCGCCGCCAUGCAGGUCUCCAGCCUCAACGAGGUGAAGAUCUACAGCCUCAGCGCCGGCAGGAGCCUCCCGGAGUGGCUCUCUGACAGGAAGAAAAGAGCUUUACAGAAGAAAGAUGUUGAUAUUCGUAGAAGAAUUGAACUUAUUCAAGACUUUGAGAUGCCAACGAUUAGCACAAAGAUUAAGGUGUCAAGAGAUGGACAGUAUAUUAUGGCAGUUGGAACUUAUAAGCCAAGGAUCCGCUGUUUUGAUACCUAUCAGUUGUCCCAGAAAUUUGAAAGGUGCUUAGAUUCUGAAGUGGUUACGUUUGAGAUUUUAUCAGAUGAUUACUCAAAGAUUGUCUUCUUGCAGUGUGACAGAUUCGUGGAGUUUCAUUCACAGCAUGGCCACUACUACAGAACAAGAAUACCAAAAUUUGGUAGAGACUUUUCUUAUCACUAUCCAUCGUGUGACCUGUAUUUUGUAGCAGCAAGUUCUGAAGUAUACAGGCUAAAUCUGGAACAAGGAAGGUUUCUGAACUCCUUGCAGACUGAUGCUUCAGAGAAUAAUGUCUGUGACAUAAAUCCUACACACUUCUUGUUUGCUACAGGGACAGCUGAGGGUAAAGUGGAAUGCUGGGACCCUAGAACUAGAAAUCGAGUUGGGUUGUUGGAUUGUGCUUUAAGCAGUGUGACAGCAGAUACAGAGAUAGAUGGUUUACCUUCCAUUUCAGCACUGAAAUUUAGUGGAGCUUUGAAUAUGGCUGUUGGAACGUCUACUGGGCAGGUUUUAUUAUAUGAUCUCCGGUCUAGUAACCCAUUAAUAGUCAAAGAUCACCAAUAUGGCUUGCCUAUUAAGUCAAUUCAGUUUCAGCAUGAGUUAGAUUUAAUUAUCUCUGCAGAUUCUCGAAUCAUAAAAAUGUGGAACAAAGAUACAGGGAAGAUAUUUACUUCAAUGGAGCCAGAAUAUGACAUCAAUGAUGUCUGUCUUUAUCCAAAUUCAGGAAUGCUAAUGACUGCCAAUGAAGCCCCUAAAAUGAGUAUCUAUUAUAUGCCAGUUUUAGGACCUGCCCCAAAAUGGUGUUCCUUCUUGGACAACUUGACUGAAGAGCUGGAAGAGAAUCCAGAUAGCACAGUUUAUGAUGAUUACAAAUUUGUUACCAGAAAAGACCUUGAAAAUUUAGGCCUUGCUCAUCUCAUUGGAUCGUCAUUACUCAGAGCAUAUAUGCAUGGCUUUUUCAUGGACAUAAGACUUUAUCAUAAGGCAAAAAUGAUGGCCAACCCAUUUGCUUACGAAGAAUACAGAAGAGAGAAAAUAAGACAGAAAAUAGAAGAAACGCGUGCACAGAGAGUUCAACUAAAGAAGCUUCCAAAAGUCAAUAAAGAGCUUGCACUCAAACUGAUUGAAGAAGAGGAGCAACAAGCUACUAGAAAAAGGAAACAAAAGAAUCUGCCUAGCCUUCUCAAAGAUGAUCGUUUUAAGGUCAUGUUUGAGAACCCAGAUUUCCAGGUAGAUGAGCAGAGUGAAGAAUUCAGGUUGCUUAACCCACUUGUUUCUAAAAUAAGUGAGAAAAGAAAGAAGAAACUAAAGAUCUUAGAGGAAAAGGAAGCACAAGAACAGGAAGAGGAAGAAGAACCAGAAGGAAAACCAAGUGAUGCAGAAAGUUCUGAGAGUUCAGAUGAUGAAAAAGGCUGGGUUGAAGAGGUCAGGAAACAGCGCAAACUUCUACGCCAAGAGGAAAAAGUAAAGCGGCAGGAAAGGUUCAAGGAGGAUCAGCAAACAUUACUGAAACCUCAAUUUUUUGAGAUUAAAGAAGGAGAGGAAUUCAGAAGCUUCAAAGACUCUGCCAAAAAACAAAAAUUAAUGAAGAAAACUCUUGGAGAUCGUUUAAAGCUUGAAGAAAAACUUGGCACACUCAGUGUGUCUGAUACCACAGUAGGCAGCAAACAGGCAACAUUCAAAUUAAAAAAGUCAGAGCAACAAAAGAAACAGCAGGAAGCUGAGAAACAGCAUCGUCAAGAGAGGAAAACACUCAGGCGUUCUGCUGGCCACCUCAAGAACAAACGUGGAAGAGGGCAACGGUUUCAUUGAUUUAUUUUAUGUUAAUUUUUCUAAGAAACUGCUUUUCUCUUAUUUUUCGUUUGAAAAUGGGACUUCACAGUACAAAUGUAUUUGUAUUUGUAAUGGACACAGAAACCAGAACUUGCUAAACCUUCUAUUAACUAUUGAAAAGCUUAUGAAAGUGUAAGUAUUGGCAAAAGGACAUUGUGAGUAUGGUGUAUUAUAAACUCCAGUAUGGUUGUAUUUGUGCAGAAGGCAUCAGCAGCUGGUUAUUGUGUAACCCUGGAUGUAGUCUAUAUAAGAAUUUAUCUAUACAACAAGGCUGUCUGUCUUUUUUUUAAUUUAAGCAGUUGGUUUUUGCUUUCUGAAAUGUUCUUUAUUUGUGACUACUUAGAUGCAAGAUCUUGGGUGAAUUAUUUUGUCUGAAAACUUUCUUUACAAGGAUACUAUGAAUUUUGCUUUUCUUUUAUGCUUCUAGUAGAGUGACGUACAAUUGUUUUUCAAAACAGUUCUCAAAAACUGAUUUUGACUUUAUGUUCUUAGGCUGCCUCUGUAGCCAAGAGGAGAUUAAAAAAAAAAUGGUCAUCCUGAGAGCAAUGGAGAAUGGCAAGCUUGCAUUGUUGUGAGUCACCCUAUAAGGAAAUCUCUCUUGCCUCACUGAUGCACAACGAGGAAUCUAGGAGGGAUUAGCUUAAUAAGCUAAAGUUUGGUGAACAUUGCCUUUACUCGGAAUCCUUGGUACCAGGUUUAAUGUGUUUUGGUAAGAAAGCCAUGAAUCAGCAGGCUUGUAGAAUCAUGUAGUAUAUGUCUAUAUACCCAGCAAAUUAAGGCCAUACAAGUAGUCUCCAUUCCUUCAAAGUUAGUUUAGUUAAAUAACUUAAGAAACUUGAACCUAUGUUAAGGAAAUGAUUGAUUAUUUUGAAUGUCAUCUUUCUGAUUACCAACAGAAUGCUUGUUGCUAAGCAGCAUGCAGCAUCUCUUCUUGGUUUUUAUCUCGCAAAACCUUCAUUUACAUAAGUAGUCUGCUACACAGGCAAAGGAAUUAAUUUUACCUUUCAUCUUGAAGGAACUUUGUUACUGCUUUCUAAAAAGCUUUAUAAUUUGCCUUUUUGCUAAAUCCAAAAAACUCUGAACUUUGGAUCCAGCAAGAGUCAGUGAAUCUCCUCAACCCUGUAAAUCACUUUGAGAACUGAAAAUUAUUAAGUGUUUUGCUUUAUAAACCAGAGAGACUAUUAAUCUGGUCAGGUCUCCUAUACAAUACUUACCAUAAAAUUUUUGCAGUUAUUUCAAUAAGAACCUAACAAUUACUACUGAAUCAAACUACUAAGGGAAAUAUUUUUUUUUUAUCUUAGCCUGAUGUUUUCUGAUCAAGGUUUAUUUUUUAGUCAAUAGAUUAAUUGGCCACACAGUUAAAUUUAUUUUCUUCUGAUUUAAUUUUACCUGGUUUUAAUUCCCUGCCUCUGGUUUUAAUUAUAUUGUUUCCUUUAAUAUAAAAAUUCCUUUUGCACAUGGUAUUUCCUUCUUUGAAACAUACAUUGCGAUCAAGUCCCCUCUAAGUCUUUGCAUUCAGCUAAAAGACAAGAAUUCUCUGUGUCAUAGGUUUUUUUCUUCAGCUUUCAAAUUUCUACAUUGUCUGUGAACUUGUCACACUUUCUAUGUAACACAGAACUACCCAGUAUUCCAGUGUCAGUCUUACCUAUGCCUUAUAUCAAGAAGUACCAUUAUUACUUUAGCCACUGAGAAACUCUAAUGCAGUGUCAUUGCUCCAGGGUGUGUCCCUCUUUUUGGAGUCUUGCCUUUUGGUGACAUUAAACUUCUGAAAUCCAA